AUGGGCCGCAAAGUUCGCCAUCCGGUGCCCAAGCCGAAGCCCAAAUCUGCUCCCAAACGGCGAGGCACGCUGCCCACGUGCAGCGAUGACUCUGCAACAGAACGUCGCCCAUCGUGGCCGGCAAGCAUGCGCAGGUUCGUGUGGCUUGCCCCAUUUCGUCUUCUUUGGUCCUGGCUGGUCAGAGUGUGUCGUGCCUUCGGAACUCUCGGCACAGCGGCGGCACCUCAGGGUCGUGCUCCGCUGCAGGCGGAGGAACGCCCUCCCCGGCCCCGUCCGGCCAAGCCAGCGACGAAGACCAACAUCUCCGAUGCCUUGAUUAGACAGCUUUUGACGCUCCUUUUCAGUCGGAAGGGUGGGCAAAUCGUCGUGGAGCAAGACGUGGAGCAGGCAUGCGAGGCCUACCUGCACGGCCGCCCAUGGGACUCCAGAAAUGUUGCGGAGCUGAUCGUCAUGCGCGGCCCGCCGGGAGUGGGCAAGUCCACGCGCGCGCGGCAGAUCUUGUCCGAAAGGCUAGGUUUGGACAAGGCCCCUUCGCUCGCGCAGCAGCUCCUUCACAUUUGCUCUACGGAUGAUUUCUUCACGAAGUUCCAGAGUUCCGGGCAGGUCUACACUUACGACAAAUCCAAGCUUGGCCGCAAUCAUGCCAAGAAUCAGGAGCGUGUGAAGAUCCUCACCAGACUGGGUGUGAAGCCAAUCAUCGUCGAUAACACGAACAUGUCCAAGAAGGAGAUGUCGCCCUACCUCCGCCUGGCUCAGGAAGCUGGGUACAAGACGCAGAUCGUGGAGCCCAGCGAGCUGCAGAAAGACUGGAAGGACCUGGCCCUUCUUCUGGAGAGGAACCGCAGACGCCAGGACAUUGGGAAGGCGGUCAGCGAGGCCGUCCUGAGAAAGAUGCUCGGUCGCUACGAGGAGCUCGAUCUCGCGCGUCUCUCGAGCACAGGAGUCGUGGCGUCCAAGAAGGCAGCUUCCUCAUCUUCUGCACCUCGGGCCAGGGCCAUACCACAGUAUUUCGGCGUUAAUUUGGAGAGUGCUCUCCGAUGCAAUGGCGACCGGAUCGGAUUGGCGUGGGCUCCGAUGGUGGCUGCUCUAAAGGCUGAUUUGGCAAAAGAAGCGCUGGAAGUCCGACGCUAUUCCAUCCCAGCUCCGCUCCACGUCACUACCUUCCAUGCCUCGGACUUCCAUUCCGACGGGGUGUCCGCCGCCGCUCUGGAGGAGUCUUUCGCUCUGGAAGGGACCGAGUCGGCGCUAACCGUCGGGAGCGUUGCUUUUGCUCCCAAUGGUCUCGCUUGCGCUGUUAUCGAAGAGGCUGUUCCAGCGCUGGCUGUGCCGCGCGGCAAACUUCUUCACAUCACGCUGGCGACACGUCCUCCUUGGCAUCCUGUCGACUCCAAUGCUUUGCUCAAGGCAAUCGUCGUGGAGCUUGGGAAGCAAGGCUUGUCUGUGCACUUGCGAGAGGAGGAGGAGACCGAUCUGGGUACCAUCUCCAGGGCCUGGCAGUUUCUGGCCGCAGCUGUGACGCCUUCCUGGUCCGCCUUCCUGAGCCACUGGAGAUCAGCGGACAAGAUCGCCUACCACUGGAAUGCAGAGAAGAAGUGCUACGACGAAACAGAUGAAGUCUGCGACCAGUACCCCAAGGAGCGUGAGGUGGCAAAGAAGCACAAGGCAGAGCUCUGCAAGGCCGAACUUUGCCAUCAUUUCGUGCCGGAGCUGACUGAGUCCCUGAUGACGCGCUACUGUGAGGGAGGGUCCUCCCAGGGCGAGGACCGGAGUCCCAACGCCAAGGGCUGUGACGACUCCUACACCGGCUCGGUCCGAAAGGCACUGGCCAACCACAUGUUUAGCCACUGUGGUGCCUGGUGCCUUUUCGACUACGACGACACAGAGAACGUCAGCUAUGCAUGGGAUCCUGCUGGAAAGUGCUGGACCAACACGGGCUGCAAAGGUCAUCCCGAGUUGGCAGCAGUCCUGACACGUCGGAAUCAAGCAUGCGAGUUCACGACGACCACAACGACCACCACCAGCACUUCGACCUCUACCACUUCGACGACUACCAUCACUUCGACGAGCACUACCACUACUUCAACUAUUACCUCCACAACCACGACGAGCACAACCACCAUUACCACCACGUCUACCACGGUCACGACUACUAGCACGAGCACAUCUACCACUACGACAUCCACCCUCACCACCACAUCAACGACGACAACUUCUACCGUCACGUCCACAACAACUUCGACCACAACAACAUCGACAUCGACCACGACCACCACUACUAGCACUUCGACGACCACCAUUACAACGACCACGUCGACGAGUACCACCACGACCACAACCUCGACAAGCACCUCGACCAUCACUUCAACUUCCACCACGACCACGAGUACCACAACCUCUACUACCACUACGACCACCUCGACGAGUACCGUCACCUCAACGACGACCACGACCACCAGUACAUCGACGACCUCUACCUCCACGACGACCCAGACCUCAACCAGCACUACUACCACAUCCACAACCACGAUUACGACCACUUCGACUCAGACGACCACAAGUACGACGACUACGAGCACGACCACCACUGCUUGUGCAACUCCCGUGUCCGGGUUCUCCAUCGAGAUCAUGGAAGGGAUGUGUGGUGACCUGUCCCAGUACGGUCGCCUCGAAUAUGCCGAUGCCGUCAGCUGCGAGCCGGCUACGACUCCGUUUGUGCAGCGCGCCCUGGCGAACAAAAUGUUCAGCCACUGCGGUGCUUGGUGCAUCUACGAUUAUUACCAGCCGGACAAAAUAUCCUACCAUUGGAAUGCCACUGGCAAGUGCUUCCAACAGUCAGGCCUGUGCCUUGAGAAGUACAAGAAUGAGAUGGAGAAGGCAGUCGCCAAGAAGCAGCUCAUAUGUACCGAGGAGGAGCCUUGUAUGCCCGUUGCGCCAAGCUUGACAAACUCGGUGAGCCUGAGAUACUGCAAGACCCUGUCGACCAACAAGGAGGACAGAAGCGAGGAAGCACGUGGUUGUCACGAGAGCUACACGCCCUACGUGCGAAGGGCUUUGGCGAAUAAAUUGUUCAGCCACUGUGGUGCCUUUUGCCUCUACGAUUUCGACCAGCCCGACAAGGUCUCCUACUCCUACGACACAAUCCGGAAGUGCUGGCACCGAGGGAGUGGCUGCCAAGACAACCCCGAGCAGAAGCUCGCGAUUGCAAGGAAGGAGAAAUUUUGCAAGGCUGACCUUUGCAUUCCGGUGCAGAACUCUCACUCGGACCAAGCGACGCUCACCUACUGUGAGGGACUCAAAGUCAAUGGCGCCGAUCGGAGCCACAGCGCCAAGGCUUGCAAUAGCGCUAAUACCGCGAAGGUCCAGAAAGCACUGGCUAACAAGAUGUAUAAUCACUGUGGAGCCUGGUGCCUCUAUGACUUCGAGCGCCCAGAGAAGGUCUCCUACCACUGGCAGGCUGCAGGCAGCUGCUGGGCCGAAGGAGACCAUUGUGACCGGCAUCCCACGGAACGGGCGAGCGCUGUCGCCCGCAAGAACAAGCUCUGCAAGGCUUGA